AUGGCUCGAUUCAAGCCAGCUUUCUCAUCUCUGGCGGCGCGUAUUCUUUUGCGGUGCCUUUUUCUUCUCACGCUCAUUUGGCUGGCCUCCUCAAUCCUCGCCUGGGUCCGAGGCGAAGACGACACAAUCGGGAAGCGAACAUUCCCCGGUUUCCAGCUCUACAAGACCGAGACCCUCCAAUCCCUGCACCUGACCGACACCUGCGUCACCGCGCUGUCCGAAAAGAUCCUCUGUGUUGAUUACCUAUACAUGCUCCAAACCCCGGGCAGCGGCCAGUACAUCGAGGACACCACACUUACAGACAUCAUUUGCGAUGCCGGCUGCGGCGACAGCCUCAAACGAUACUACGACAACGUGGCCCAAAACUGCGGGAACCAGAUCGUCGGCUCAUCGAAACCCACCAGACUCGGCGGCGCAGUCUACGCAAACUACAACAUGACGUGCCUCAAGAACCCGUCCACAAACCGGUACUGCCUGAACGAAAUCGUCGGCUUCACCACCGUCGACAGCGUGAGCAUGAUGCCCCGCGACGAAAUGUGCUCGUACUGCUACACGACCCACCUCCAAAUGCGCCAGGCAAGCCCCUACGCCGCAUACAGCGACUACGACCGCGAGGCCCUCGAAACCGUACAGGCUGAAUGCAACCUCACCGGCCCCACGGACCCCCACGAACCACUCUACAUCUCUCCUCCAUCCCCCGAACCCAUGUGCAUCUCCGAUAUAACCUACACCACGCAAGCGGGCGAUACCUGCGACUCAAUCGCGCGCCAGUACAGCGUCGCCUCGGCAGCCGUCCUCUACGGAAACCCGACGCUGAUCGCAAGCUGCUCGGACCUCGCGCCGAACAAGGACCUGUGCAUCCCGCUACCCUGCGAAAGACCGUACGUCGUCGCCGAUACCGACGACUGCUGGACAAUCGAGUACGAGCAUAAAUUGGAUCCCGGCACAGUCCGCAAAUACAACAACUGGCUCGACUCGGACUGUCUGAACCUCCAGUCUGCGCGCGGCAACCUCGGCAGUAUCCUCUGCCUGUCGCCGCAGGGCGGGAAGCACAACUCCACGGGCAAGAGUGUAACGACAGCCCCGACCAGGACAGGCUAUGUGAAUCGGAUCAUGCGCCUCCCUGAGGGCGCGGCUGUUGCGGUGGGCACCACGAUGUACUGUGGCGCUUGGCAUACAGCCCAGAAGGGCGACUCGUGCGUCGAGAUCUGCCUGGACAGCGGCAUGCCGGCUAGUUUGUUCCGCGGUGCGAAUCCGUCGUUGGCAGGGGGUGACUGUAAUGCGAAGCUAGUGGCGGGGCAGACGUACUGUGUUGGGCCGCAUCCGCACUGGGAUGAUGAUGCGUAUUGGGACGAUUAG